AUGUACCGGCUCACGCGAUGGCAAGGUACAGCAACGAGUUGCAACGACGAAGUCGGUGGGGGAUUGAUGGCCGAAAGUCUUGACGUCAGCGACGUGUUCAUGAUGAGGAACGAGGGUGUUGUGUACAUGAUCUGGAAUGCAGACGUCGUGUUCAUGAUGUGGGAUGCGGACGUCGUGUUAAGGAUAUGGAGUGAAGACGGUGGCACAGGAGUUGUGUUCGUGGAUUAA